GUUUUUCUACACAGAUGAGGAGUUAAUGGUUCUAAGGGGGUCAUCCAUAUAAUCGGACUAAGAAACGUAUAUCUUUGAUAUAUCAUCCACACGGACAAUGUAAAACACAUAGCGCCUUCCUGAUAUAUGAUGCCUCCUGGUGGCGGGUGAUAUGUGCCGCCCUCUGGUGACAAGGCAAGGGAGGCAACUCGCUGACGCAAUAUGACGUCACAUGCAAUGAGUUCAUUUGAUGACAUUAUGUACUCAAAAAACCCCGAAGAAGCAGACUCCCGAACCCAUGAAUAUCAAUAACAGACUGAGAAACAUGUUAGACAGACGGACCAAUGUUAUCAGUGUAAACCCUUGGGAGCCUUUGCAAGACACAUGUUCAUAAGUAGAUAUUGAAGAAGUUUAUGAAAUCAAUGAAAUAUAAUUUUGAAUUUUGUUUUCGUGCGAUUCCUUGGAAAGAACCAGAUGCUCGUCGUGUAGGGUAAUGUCAUGGACACAGAUAGGAAAACCAGAAGUAGCAAUUCCUCAAAUGAACGUGUAAACUCGGAGGUUAAUAGGUUACCACCCUCGCAUGAGAUGGCCACUUUACGAAAGACUUCCGGUGCCAGUGAUUAUGAAGCUUCUGAUGUUGAGAAGAUGGCUGUCGCCUAUAGCUCGUCGAUCAAUGGGAGGAAAGACGUGCACGGACGAACACAUUUAUAUGAUAAAGUUGCCGAAGAAUCGUACGAAAACCCCGUGACAUAUGAGACGCUCAGAACAGAGGAGACACCGGAGACGUACACGAAACACGCGAGAUAUGAGACUUUCGUAUCACAAGAAAUGCAAGACGUUUAUAGGAGUACAAAGUCGCAGGAUUCUACGGAUUCCAACUCUCGAGAGAAACCCCGAACUGUCUCCGAAAUCAACAUGGUUUUGUUACAGAAUGCAACCAUAGACACAAGGCACCUUCAUCUAUAUGAUCCGAAUAAUGCACAUCAAGAAUCCUUUUCCACAAGUGAAACGCAAAUUACAGAUCAGAAAGUAUCUGAUUUACAAAAGAUAAUUAAUUACGAUCCCGCACGUCACAGUUAUUACUAUCGGAAAGUAUUAGCAUCCGAUGCGGGUGUAUCUUCAAUCAAAAUGUUUCCCGGCGAGGAUGAAACACGCUCAGUUGAAAGAAAAACCUUCAGUCCCAUAUCAGACCAUAGGGAAUCGACUUCUGACAAGUUUUCGAACAGAGAUGCGGCAUGCAGGACGACUGAUUUGGAUCAAGAAAGCACCGAUGGUGAGUGUUAUUCUAGGGGGGAUACUUGUGAUGCAAGUGGCAAAAUGGAAGAGACUAAUGACUGUCAAAUUCCUGUUGCAAUUGCAAAUUUCUAUUCCAGUGGAAAUGAUAGAAAAUUCCAACGCGAUCUAUCAUAUAUCAUCGAUUCACAGUCAAGAAAUAAACUACCUCAUAUUAGAUAUAUAGUCAAUAAGAAAGCCGAGGAUAUUGCCUCCUCUGAGGCAUCAAACAAUGUGAAGCAAGGCGAUAAGCCUUUUUCAGUUGAGAUACAUGGAGAACCCAUCACAAGUGUUUCAUCUCAUAUGAAUAGUGACAUACCGAUCAUCGAGAGAGAUCUCCACAUUGACGCAUCUCAUGCAAAGGACGCUAUAUUAUACAUUGCUCAAACAAAGGAUGCUGCAUUAUAUCUUGCUCAAACAAAGGAUGCCAACCUGUAUGUAGAUCCUAGUAAGGAUACAACUAUAUAUAUCGCUCAAGCAAAGGACCUCGCUCUUUAUGCCCAGGCUCCCUUAGAACGAUACGCUGCUGUUGAGGCACCGCGGCCCGAGGAGUCCUUGAAGUAUAUUGACAGACAGACCCUGGAAAAACAUGUUGAAACUUCCCAGAGAAAAGACACAUUUGUGUAUGGACCAACUCCCACGUCUGAAACGUCCAAUGACACAGAAACUGCAGAGGUGUCGAAAGAUGACGUCGACGAUCUGUCUCUCACCAGGCGUUCUGUCUUGAACAACAGCAAACAUGCUGUGGAGAGAUUCGACACCAGUGCCACCAUUGUCGGAGAUGCCUAUUCCAGCAACAUCUCUAGCAGCGAUACGUCGUCUUCAACCGCUGACGUUACUGCUGUUCGAGAUGUUGGUAACGUUGACGUCAGCUCGCAAGAUGACCUUCAGGACGAAUCAGAUGUGUCUACCACCAAUUCUACCCAAAUCAAAAAGCGUCCAAGGAGAAGCGGAUCAACAUCUUCAAAGAGAAGCAGAUCUGAAGCUGGGUACAAGUCCUACAAAUGUACCUCUUGUGAGCGCUUCUUUCCGUGUUCCAGUGCACUGGACAGGCACAGACAGAACAAACACCCCCCACAUGUGGUGUGUCACACAUGUUCCAUCUGUGGCAAGGCUCUGUACCACCCAAGUCAUAUCUAUAUCCAUAUGAGGACACAUGUGUGAUCAACAAUGCGUCAUCCAACGGGAAACAAGUGCAAUCUGUCUUAGGACGAGGUAGGUAUGUCGUUGUAAGUGAUCCAUAUCGGAAAGACACGUUUCUUUAAAUUUGUUAUGUUCACCGAAAGCGAAGUGAUUCGGGACAUCCUGUGUCAUCCGUAUGUAUCUUCAUCUCGGUAAUGUUACCGUUAGACAGAGGUGACACAAGAUAACUGGUCAUCAGGUCGUUGAUGUUGAUAAAGACACAUAUUUGAUCAUUUGAGCCACAGUAAUUUUGAAGGGAGCCUAUUUGAAACGAAAGCCACGUGCUUAAUAACAUAUAUGAAAUUGUCGAUGAUCGUAUCUGUUACGAAAUAAGGCAACUGACCAAUUUCGUUCAUACAUAUCUCAUGAAAUUGGUAAUGGGCGUGAAAUUUAUAUAUUGCAAUGGGUGUGUCCAAACAUGUGUUCUACUGAAUAUGUGGUUUUAAGAAUAGAAUCGGUACAGUUUGUGGUACAGUCUUUUAUUACUGGGCUAGGUCUUAUUUGUGAUCAUGGGGUGAUACUCCAAGUUCAAUAUCACGAUUUGUCGUUUGGUGGACAUUCAAAUAUAGUGUUACUGAGAAAAUGCAUGACAAUGUCGUUUUCCUAUUAAAUAUAUUUAUAGGGAACUUGGAUAGGAAAUGGAAAAAUGUGGUUGACUCAAUGUGAUGUAACAAUACUGUAGACAUAGUGGCGCCACUAAUCCAGAAAAGAAGUUUAAGUUUAUUGUACUUGUGUACAUACAUGUAUACUCUAUUUAUGGAUUAUCUCGAUGUAGCUGAUUCAUUGAAGCAAGUGAUCCAGGCUUCUAAGACGCAUGUAACAUAUCUCCAAUUCUCUUUUUUCACUUUUCUCAUUAUGUCUUUCUAGUUUUUGAAUGACCAGUUUCAUAUGACCUUUUCAAAUAUUUCAAAUGUGAUGUUUCUUUAUGAUCCUGUAUUUUUACAAAUGAUCACAAUCAUAAAUAUGUUACGUGCUUUGCAUAUCAAUUUCAGGACCGGACAUUUAUUAUGGGGGGGUCGGUGAGAUUAAAGUGAGUCCUGAAAAAUGACAGAGUGAAAGAAGGGGAGGGGGGACGCGAAAUUGACACAUCUAUU